GCAGAGCUGUGCCGUUAAUCCGGGUACUGAACCGGGAUAACGAGGGAUCGGGGGUCACUGGCAGCCCCCGCUGAGCAUCCUCAUCGGUGCGGAUGCCACCCCCGGCCACUUAAUUAUGGCGAACUAAUUAAUAAGCCGGCUGUGCCCCGCGAUGCGCUUGGGCUUCCUAUGGGUUGUAGCGGCUUUGCUCCUCCCCGUCUCUGCUUCUGACUCUGCCGACGGAGCCGCACCGGGAGCCGAGGAGGAGGAGGAGGAGGAAUGGAGCGGGAAUUGGCCCGGAGCAAAGCGCGGCUGCCCUCGCUGCUCCUGGCGCUGCUCGGCCUCGGGCCAGAGCUCCUGUUUGGCCAAGCCCGGACCCAGCCCCGGCAGGUGAACGGUGUCCUGGGGGGGUCGGUGCUGCUCUCCCCAGCUCUGCCCCCCAACAGGACGGUGAAGGAGAUCGAGUGGAGCUUCUCGGCUGGCACCGGGGCCACCAUCCAAGUGGCAGAGUUGGGCCCCGGUGGCUUCGAGCGCCCAGACCCCAAGGACCGGUUCAAGGACCGGCUGGAGAUGUUCAACCAGACGGGGCUGAGGAUCGGGGCGCUGCAGCGCGGCGACAGCGGCGUCUAUGGGGCUCGCAUCAAGCUGCACCCGGCAAUGGUGGAGGAUCAGUUCUUCAACCUCUCCAUCUACGAGUCGGUGCCGAGCCCCCGCACCCGCAGCCAGCUCCUGGCCAGCACCUUGGAAUGGUGCAACGUGACGCUGCAGUGCCAAGGAGCCGGGAAAGGCGCCGUUAACGUCACUUGGAAGCGGGACAACAUCGUGUGGGAGCGGAGCUCGGAGCGGCACCAGCUCUCUCCGGACGGGACCACGCUGCGGCUGUCGCUGCCGCCCGCCGCCACCAACGGCACCCUGGCGUGCACCGUCAGCAACCCCGCGGACCGGCAGGUCGUGCUCUUCGACCUGGGCGCGAUCUGCCAGGCGGGAGGGGGACAAACGUCCUUCUCCAAGUCGGGGUACAUCGUCCUGACCCUCAUCCUGCUGGCGCUGAGCAUGGGGGGCGCCUUCUGGUGCUGGCGGGUGAACAGCGACAAGACGGCAGAGCCAGCCGAGUCCCACACGGCGCCCGCUGAGGAGCACCCCCCCGAGCCUCCGUGCGCCGGGACCGAGCGCAGGAGCCCCCCGGAAGGUAAUGACCAGGGCCCGAGUCCCACCAGGAAUGACGAGGAGCCGAGUGCGGAGCAGAAGGCGCCGGUGACCACUGUUCACGAGCAGCUCCACCGGGCACCAGGGGACACGGGCGAGGAGGUGACAUAGACCCUCAGCACCCGCAGAGCCGGAGCACUGGGAAUUCCGGAAGGGCUGUGCCGUGCGUUGUGUGCCAAAUCCAAACCCUCCGUCUCGGCUCCGGGGGGGGACAGACAGACAGACAGACAUGUGUCGUGCCCCCCCCCCCCCCGCCUCCAGUUUCUCUCCAACCUCCUUGUCUGAUGCUCUCCAAGACUGUUUGUGGAGCGGGAUCCUGGACCGAGGCAGGGAUGAGUGGUGGUGGUGAAGCUGGGGGACACUCUGUGGUUCUGGGAUGCUCCGGGAUGCUCCAUGAUGCUCCAGGUUGCUCCAGGAUGCUCCAGGAUGUCCCUGCAUGCCCUGGGAUGCUCCAGAACGCUCCAGGUUGUCCCUGGAUGCUCCAAGAUGGCCUGGGGUGCCCUGGGAUGCUCCCAGAUGCCCCAGGGUGCCCUAGGAUGCUCCAGGUUGCUCCAGGAUGCCCUGGGAUGUCCCAGGAUGCUCUGGAAUGCCCCAGCAUGUCCCAGGAUGCCCUGGGAUGCCCCUGGGUAUCCUGGGAUGCUCUGGAAUGGGGAAAGCCCAGAUUUCACCUCCUACCUGCAGCCACACUCGGCCGGGGCUGGGGCACUGGGGGGCAGGGGCACAGCUCGGUGCUGCAGCGCCAGGGUGAGACCCCUGGGGACAGAGUGACCCCCAUUGUCCCCCCCACCAGGCACCAGCACCCCCAGGGCCUCACUGGGACCCUCUAUGGGGCGAUGCCCACAUGGGGUGGACGUGCCAUAGGGACACAGCGGGGUGUCCGCCAUCCCUGUCCCAUGCAGAUCCCCAUCGGUGGGGACGCAGAAGGAUGCAGAAGGGACCCGUGCACCGAGGAGCACCCCUAUUCCCCCCCGUCACUGUCUCCAGUGUGGCCCAUGCACUGUCACGACGGAGGGGGUGUCACUGCCUGUGUGUCCAGCACCUCCUGUCACCUCCUGUCACCUCCUGUCCCCUCCUGUCACCAGGCCCCUCGCUCGGCUGCUGUCAAAGAGCAAAUAAAUGUCAGUGAGAUCACAGCCGGGAGCUGA